AUGUCUCGCUCCUUGCGAUCACGGCCACUCACUCUGUACGAUGCCUCUGGAUCGUCAAUCCCUCCUGUCCCCGAGGCGGGCGCCGGCCAGCCAUCGGUACCCUCACGCUCAACCUCGAACCAUCCAAGCAAGCAACACCACCGCAAUGACAGUCGAGAUCAGAAUCAGCAAUCUUCCUCAUCUUCCAAGAGCAAGCUCAAGAAGGCAUCGCAAGUAGGCUCAAACCUCAAGAAGCGACUCAGUACACGAUAUGGCGACGAUGAUCAUGAGCAGGCUGCCGCUGAUCAGGCCGCUAUGCCUGUGGCUCCUUCAAUGGGUUCACUGGCUCCACCCGUCGCAAGGCAACGGCAUUUGGAACCUCCGUCUUCGUCAGCGAUGACGAAGCAUAGCGGCUCAUCCUUAUCCUCCGCAGCAGCUUCAGGCAGUGGUGCCUCUUCCUCGUCACGCAAGCCCACGUUGGCAUGGCCCAACUCCUCGCUCCGCUCCCUCCUCGACUCCACUCGCUCUCAGGGCCUACGAGACCUCAUCGACCUCGAUUCUCUCCGAGCUGCCCCCGAGCAGUUCGAUAGUAUCGACUAUCUGCGCUUGCAUCUCCCAUCGCACGUCCCUCCAGCAACCUUCUCGAGCACCAUGUCACAAGCUCGCUCCGCAGCUCAGGCAGAUGUCAAGGCCCAGAUCUUCGAGAACUACACCGACUUUAUCGCCGUCUCGAGCCAGGUCGGGGCGCUCGAGAACGAGAUCAUCGAGCUCAAGAGCCUCUUGGCCGAAUGGAGGCAAAUGCCGCGCUUGUUGGAAAGACAUGAUGAGAGUGCGGGAAAGAGUAGCUCAAGCUUGCUGGCGGCAGCAGCCGCGUCCGCAGGAGGAGCAGGAGGCAAACGCACCUCGGUGCUGUCGCUACAGCAGCUCUAUCGGGCCCAACUCACCGCGCUGUGGGAGGGGAUCUCCAACUCGCAGAAGUUGAUCCCGUACAAGCCAGGCCGACACCUCAUUGCGGAAGCGCCAGAUUUCUUGGAGCUAAACGCAGCAACCUAUCGACCUGUACGCAAUGUCGCUCUCUUCCUCCUCGACGACUGUUUGCUCAUAGCAAGUCGCCGGAAAGCACGGAUGAGCACAAGGGUCAAGCUUGAGGCGGAGCGUUGUUUCUCUCUAGGCGAGAUAGUCGUCGUCGAUCUCAAGGACUCCAAGGGCCGGAGCGGGUCCUCCAAAUCAUCUUCGGGAGACGUCGAUGCAGCGGGAUCGGGCGGGAUCAAGGACUCGAUCAAGAUCAAGCGUGGCAAAGAGACGUUCGUCUACCGAGCAGAGAAGGCGGAGAGCAAGCGCGCAUUACUCAAUGCCUUCAGAACGGUAGCGGAGGAUCUGGCUAGUAGGAAGAAGAGGGAGAAGGCUGGAGGUACUACGGGAGGGUACGAUGACGGGCUGACGGUUCCUGGCGGUCCGGGUGGGGGCGAUUCGAGACGACAAUCCAUCUACGCAGGUAUGGCGUUCGAUCACCGUGGUCCGCCCUCCUCAUCAGGCAUGGUGGCUUCACCGAGCAACUCCUCUUCCCUGCUCGAGCUGACAGAAGAGGAUGGCGACAAUGCUGCGGGUGGGGUGAUGCGUCUAGCAUCUGAGCGCCUCAAACACGACAGGCUCGAUCCUACGCGCUGGCUCAACGAAUGGUCCGACUCCCUUGCCGUCGAUAUUGCUCUGCGACGUUGGGCCGAAGCUACGGAGAAGGUCGGCAAGGGCAAAGCGAUGCUUUCCACGUAUGCUUCUUCCUCCAGCAGCACCGGCGGGGGAUCAGGAGGCAUCGACGCAACAAUGCACGCCGUCUUGUCUGCCCGGCUGGCUACGCACACCUCUGCCCUCGUCUCCUCCCUUCUCGGCGUCCUCCGCUCCCCAUCCACGCUCCGCAAGUCCACCCUAAUCAGCACUGCGGCCCACCUGACCUCUUUGGGCUACUCAAGCAUCGCCCGUCAGGUCUUCCUCUCCACACGCGAUGAAAGUCUCCGCCGACGCAAGCGAGCAAUCAAGUUCGAGGGGGAUACGGAGCUGUACGUCUCCGAGUUGGGCAUGGUCGUUUUCGGUACGGUCCGCAACACGAGCGAAUGGUUCAUGUCCGCUUGGAAGGAGGCAGGGCUUGCAUCCGGAUUUGUGCGCUGGGCAUUGGGACAGGUCCAUGGCUUUGCGGUGACGUUCAGGAGGCAGGUGUAUGGGAGACGAGGAGAUGACAGUGUUGCUGAGAGGGCCAGGAGGGUGGCGAUGGAAAGUGCGCAGCAGUUGAAGGACGUCGGAUUGGACUUCACUUUCGUGCUCGAGGAGUUGCUGAAGAGUGAG